AUGGAUCAUCAAGUUUUCAGAACGCUGAAGGGCUUUGACAAGUCCAAGAUUACCAUUGUGGAAUGGGAGACUCCUCUGCUCAGCCGUUUGGGCUAUCCGCUCGCGUCCAAAUCGUCCUUGCUAUUUCUGGUCCCAGAUGAUCAGCUUCAAGAAGCAAACGAUAUUGCCACAGCUAGCGGCUUAAAACUCGCUGAAGACGACGAUCUUCCGUUAGCAUACCUCUCCGAGUUUGCGGAGCAAGGCUUUCGCUAUUUUUACGGCAAGCCAAAGUCCCGAUUCAUUCUCCUGCCUCUUUCCUGGAUCAGCAUUGAAGAAGACGAGCUCUCCACCAUCGCAACAAAUGAUGCGGCAUUGACGGAGAAGGAGGCUUUGGAGAUGAAGGAUGCUCUCAACAAAAUUCGAGGCUGGUAUUUCAGGAAGAACGAGGACUGA